GCAGGAGGGUCUUUGAUGUGAUGCGAAAUAAUCGCUCCAUUGAUGGCUUCACUAUUUCGGGAGCUAAUCCAUCGAUAUCAAAUAUACCCGAACUUAGAUCUGAUAAAGAAAGCAGUUUUGAGGUGCCGGGAAAGAACUCCAUUGAUGAGAAUGUGGAUAAAAUAAGUUCAAGGCAAUUUGAGCUGUACAAAAGACACGCAACUGUUGUUGUCACAAGACAAACUUUCUUGAAUGUUGUUUGUGAUGUACUUUCUGUGUACAAGUACGUCGGUCCUAAUCAAAUGGCUGAUUUACUUCUGGCAUGCAGAAUUCGGGAGAGAAAGCAAUCAGUGACAAUUUUUUUGUGUGGCACCAGUGGGUGUGGGAAGUCUACACUGUCGGCACUGCUGGGAAGCAGAUUAGGCAUAACCAAUGUAAUUUCUACCGAUUCGAUUCGCCACAUGAUGAGAAGCUUUGCAGACGAAAAAGAAAAUCCACUCCUAUGGUCCUCAACUUAUCAUGCUGGUGAAUGCUUAGAUCCGGUGGAAUUUGCGAAAGCAAAGUUGAAGAGGAAAGCAAAAAGACUCGCCGGUGCUUCCCAAUCUUUUCUUGCGGAAGAAUUGGUUGAUAAUUCCACAGCUGGUAAAUCUGUAAGAAAAUCACCAGAGGGUUCUAGGACAGAGGUAAUUGGUAAAAAGCAAAUGGCUAUUGAGGGUUUCAAGGCACAGAGUGAGAUGGUCAUUGAUAGUCUUGAUAGAUUGAUCACGAAAUGGGAAGAUCAAAAUCAAUCUGCUAUCAUUGAAGGUGUUCAUUUGAACCUCAAUUUUGUGAUGGGACUCAUGAAGAGGCAUCCUUCAAUAAUACCUUUUAUGGUUUACAUCACAAAUGAGGAGAAACACAAGGAGAGAUUUGCAGUGCGCGCUAAAUACAUGGCACUAGAUCCCUCAAAAAACAAAUAUGUAAAAUACAUAAAUAAUAUAAGAACGAUUCAAGAUUACCUCUGCAACCGUGCUGAUAAGCAUCUGGUGCCUAAAAUAAAUAAUACAAAUGUUGACCGAAGUGUAGCGACAAUUCAUGCUACAGUUUUCAGCUGUCUAAGGAGGCAAGAGGCAGGCGAGAAGCUGUAUGAUCCGCUUACAAAUACUGUUCCUAUAAUUCAUGAAGAACACAGAAAUCAAUGUGCUGCUAAUUCUCUUAGUUCCAAAAGAAUGUUUCAGCUGAUACAGAGAUUAGGGUCUUCGAGGCAUCUUAUGGCACUCGUUAAUACUGAUGGCUCCGUUGCGAGGACUUGGACGUUUGAUUCUGUUAAUGGUAAUAUGAUUCCUUCAUCCAAUGAUGGAAGCUGCGAAGAAAGCAAUGUGUUUGGAAGUUUGCAGAUUUGUAAGGCAGAGCCUGUAAAUCUUCAGUUUGGAAAUUUUGGGAUUAGUGCUUGGGCUAAUGAUGCAGGUGGUACAAGUUAUGCUGGAAGUAUUGAUGAUUCCAGAGCUGAUGGAACUGAUUCUAUGAGCAAAUACUACUCUUCUUGCCCUAGCUCUCCUAGAAUUUCAGGUGCUUCCAAAGAGCCUAUGGAAGAAAUAUCUGUAUCUGGAAGUGGAAGUGAAGAUGAAGCUGAUGAACAGCCUGCUGCUGACAGUGAAGACGAUCACAUGUACACAGAGGACAUCCAUGAAGAGAUGGAGGGUUCGGUCGAUGAAGAAUCAACCAAGUCAGACGAAGAGUAUGACGACUUGGCCAUGCUCGAUGGCUUAGAGGAUGGCUAUUCUUCUUCAGAUGAUGAGCCACCAGCGGCUAAUUGCAAGAGACUAACAGAUGGCAGGCUUACCGAAAUCAAUUCAGUUAAGAAAAUUGAGCUCUUGGAGCUGAUACAGAAAUAUCAACAGAGCCUGGAUUUGUUUUUCCAGAAUAAUGAAACUUCGAACCAGGCAUGCAAUCCUCACCUUAAUUCUGAUAGAAAAAGUAGUCUGGAUUUGUUUUGAACAAUAUUUAUGGUCUCUCUUCAAUAAAAAGUUAAAAAAUAAAAUAAAACCGAUGGUAUCAAAUAAUUUCAUUUAGUUUUUUGUGGUUCAAUUCAUGGCAACUUAUUCUCUGCUGCCUUCCAAUAUUGCUGAAGAUGACAUUUGUGUGAGGUUAGGGUGAGUUAUUAUGGAAGUAAUU